AUGGCUGCAUUCAUAGCCAAACAGAUGCUGGGUGACCAGAUGAGCGCCGUCAAAGACAUGGGCGGCGGCGAGGGACCAACUCCCGAAGAGAAAGAAAAGAUGGAACAACUUGAAAAAGAGCGUUUGGACGCUUUGAGAGAAGCUGAAGAGCGUCGAGUGGAGAAACAUCGAAAAAUGGAAGAGGAACGAGAAGGAAUGCGCCAGGGAAUUCGAGACAAAUACGGCAUCAAGAAGAGAGAAGAAAAAGAAGCCGAACUGAAGAAGAAACAGGAAGAGAAGAUGGGUUUAGGUCCUGGCGCAGGAGCUGACAGCGGGCUAAAUCGCAAGAAGAAGACGCCCGAGGAAAUCGCCGCCGAGCAGGCCGAGGCAAACCAGGAUGACUUUACGAAGCUAAAAAACUCCAUUGAAACGCAAGUGAAUGACAUUAAAGGUCAAAUAGAAGAGAAGUGUUCCAUCCAGUGA